UUGGAGGGAAACAGGGAUUUGCGGGGGAGACAGAGUAUGGAGGGACAGAAGGAUUUGGGAGGGACACGGGAUUUGAAGGAAAUGGGAUUUGGGGGGGCACAGGGAUUUGGGGAGCUUCAGGGGGGACACAGGGAUUUAGUGGAGACGUGGGAUUUGCGGGGACGCAGGGAUUUGGGGGCGAGAGGGGAUUUAGGGGAAAACAGGGAUUUAGGGCGGACAUGAGCUUUGAGAGGCAGAGGGGAUUUAGGGGGUAGAAGGAAUUUAGGGGGGACAGGUAUUUGGAGGGAAGAGGGGAUUUAGGGGGACACAGGGACGGGGGUGAGGAAGUGGGAUUUGGGGUACAGGGGAUUUGGGGGGACGCCCCCCGCGUGUCCCCAAGGCCUCACUGACCCCCUGCCCCCCUUCCCAGAGCACCUUCCGUGUCCUGGCUCCGCCCGGUCCCAGCCCGGGCUCCCGCUUUUCCCGCCUCUGGAAAUAUGUCCGAGGGAGUGGAUCUGAUUGACAUCUACGCCGACGAGGAGUUCACCCAGGACCCGGAGUUCAGUAAUGCUGACCAGAUGGAUCUCUACGACGACGUGUUAGCAGCCAGCUCCCAGCCCCAGGAAAAGCGUUCCAGCAGCUCCGAAGCGCCUCCGGAGAUCCGUCAGGAGCCGUCUCCCAAGCCCAACAGCAAACCCCCAGCCAUCCUGUACACCUACAGCGGGCUCCGCAACAAGAGGGCCGCCGUCUACGUCGGGAGCUUCUCCUGGUGGACGACUGACCAGCAGCUGAUCCAGACCAUCCGCUCUGUCGGAGUCUACGAUGUGGUGGAGCUGAAAUUCGCGGAGAACCGAGCCAAUGGCCAAUCUAAGGGGUAUGCGGAGGUGGUGGUCGCCUCUGAGAACUCGGUCCAUAAACUCCUGGAGCUGCUUCCUGGAAAGAUCCUAAAUGGAGACAAGGUGGAGGUGAGGCUGGCGACCCGGCAGAACCUGUCGCAGUUCGAGGCUCAGGCUCGCAAACGUGUGCCACCUCGGGCCCACUCCCGGGAUUCCAUGGACGCGGUGGAUGGCCGGGCGACGCCGACGGAGAACGCGCUGCCCCCCGCCCGCAUGGAGAAGCCCCCCUCGGUCCUGCCCUUCUUCAGUCGCCCCCCUGCGCUGCCCCUCAUGGGGGGGGCCCCGGGGGCUGUGCCCCCCGCCCUGCACCUCAAUCCCGCCUUCUUCCCGCCACCCACCGCCGCCCUGGGACCCCCUCCGGAUACCUACGGCAAGGCCAUGGCUCCCUACAACCACAGCAGCCGGGAGCUGGGCCCGCCGAUCCCGGCCGUGAGCGAAGGCGAGUUUGAGGAGAUCAUGAACCGCAACCGCGCCAUCUCCAGCAGCGCCAUUUCCAAGGCGGUGUCCGGCGCCAGCGCAGGGGAUUACAGCAACGCCAUCGAGACGCUGCUCACGGCCAUCGCUGUCAUCAAGCAGUCGCGCGUGGCCAGCGACGAGCGGUGCCGUGUCCUCCUCUCUUCCCUCAAGGAUUGCCUGCAUGGAAUUGAGGCCAAAUCCUACAGCAGCAGCUCCAGCAGCAGCUCCAGGAAAAGACACCGAUCCCGGGAGCGCUCUCCCAGCCGGUCCCGCGAGAGCAGCCGGCGGCACCGGGAUCUGCUCCACAGCGAUGAUCGGCACGAGGAUUAUUUCCAGGAGCGGAGCCGGGAGCACGAGCGGCAUCGGGACAGGGACAGAGACAGGGACCGGCACCACUGAGACAGGAAUUUGGCAGGAAGUGGUUUUUAAUGGACUCGUAUCUCCUCACCUCGACCAGGAUGCCGUGCCCGAGGCCGCUCUGCCCCGGUCCCUUCCCCGCCACCCCCAGCCCCCUGUGGGUGGGACCCCUGCCCGCAC